AUGCCGUUUGUAGCUUUUGAUUUAUAUGGUACGUUAUGUACUUUUGAAAAGAUCAUUGACAAGAUUGAAGAAACGUUCAGUCAACAGGCAUUUGAAAUGACACCACGAUUAGCGCGACAGUUUUUUACGUUUUGGUACAAUAUUGCCUUACGCGAUUACAUUGCUACUUCACAGGCUGGAAGAUAUUGUCCGUUGUUAAAGGUUCUCAAGGUGACCUUGACACGUGCAUUAUUGUGUUUCAGUGACGAUUAUGAAAUCACGGCGACGGACGUGCAAAUUGAGGCCAUCAUGACGGCCUUUGAUACGAUUGAACCGGACACGGAGGCAUUGAAAGCUUUGGAUAUGUUGGUAUUAGAGAAAUGGGAUAUAUGGGUUUUGUCCGUAGGUGGAACUGUGGAUACAACGGCCUUGUUGUGUCGGACAGGAUUAGAUGCAUAUACAAGCAGCAAUAAUAUGUUAUGUUGUGACGACCUGCGUAUAUCUAAACCACACCCCAAAGUCUACUCCGAGUUGAUGAGAAUGGCUGUGCACAAGACACAGCGCAUCGAGAAUUUUUACAUGGUGGGAUCCUAUGCGUUUGAUUUGGCAGGUGCGAAAAACGUAUCAUUUAGAACAGUUUUCUUGAAUACGAGUGAAAAGGUGUAUUCGGCAAAAAUGUAUGAUACGGGUGGUCCUGAUAUUACUGGUGCCAGUCUUGUAGAAUGCGUAACAAAAAUGAUUCAGUUUGAGAAAACAGGGCAUUUUAUUCAACCCAUUCUUACAAGAGAUGCUGCCAUCACCAUUGAGAAUGUGUAA